CCGGCAGGGAGGUAGAUGAUGCGCGUUCCCGCGGUCAAGUGUAUGCGCAGUGCGAAAGAGGAACCGCACACUGAAGUGAAGAUGGCGAUGAGAGCAGCGUUACGGUGCUUGUCUGUGAACUUGCCCUCCGGACUCUGUCAGCUUUCACCGACAGCAGCUCAUCCGGUCACACGUCUGCUAUGGUCGAAGAGCUGUCUGCGGUUGCUGGGCACCACUGCGGCCCGGUCCACAGCUUUGAAGUUCACAGAUAAGCAUGAGUGGGUGCGAGUAGAAGGUGACAUUGGCACCGUUGGUAUCAGCAACUACGCUCAGGAAGCUUUGGGCGACGUUGUGUACUGUGGGCUUCCUGAAGUUGGCCAAUCCUUUGCUCAAAUGGAUGAGUUUGGUGCCCUGGAAAGUGUGAAGGCCGCCAGUGAGUUGUACUCGCCACUGACUGGGGAAGUGAAGGAAAUUAACACAAAGCUGGCAGACAAUCCUGGACUGGUGAAUAAAGCCUGUUAUUCAGAUGGGUGGCUCAUCAAGAUGACGAUCCAACAGCCAGACGAGCUGGAAGGCCUCAUGGACCAAGCUGCAUAUGAUAAAUUUGUCAAAUCGCUUGAAGAUUAAAAAAAAAAGUUGCUAUGCUUUUUUUGUACUGCCACGUCAAAGAUCAUUAGGCAGGGAUACUAACAGCCCUCAUCAUCUCUGCUAUUUAUUUUCAUACUGAAACAGUGCCAUGGGAUUAAUUGGAGUCUGGUCAUAGCUUCUGUUAGCUACUAAAACCUUACAAGGGCUCUUAGUAAUGUUGGGUCUUGCUCUUGGUGCUCCGCUCCAUUUUAAAUGUGCACAAAUGUGAUGGAAGACUAGACAGUAAUUGUCACCUUGAUAAAAUUAAAAAAAUCCUUAUGUUUGAUAUAACAAGUCUGAUUUUUAUUCAUUUUUUUAGCAUGCCAUACUUCAACACGUCUAACGCGUCACUACAGGUAAAAAAAGCGGACCUGUGCAUUGUUUUUGCUGAUGAUGGUCUUCAUCCGUGCACCUGACCGAGCUGCCACUUGUUGCUUAUAGUCCGCACUCCUUGACCUUUGCCCUCAGGUGCAGAUAGGAACGCAGUGUCGAGGCCAGGUCAUCAAUGAUUAAUGAAGCUGUGCUUUUCAAAUCACUGAAUAAAGACAAACGUGUGCUCUCACACCUCUUCUUGUUUAAUAGGAGAUACAACUUUUGUCUGACCAAACACUAUGAUUUUAAAUAUGGUGUUUUAGAAAUGCUAAUAAUAUAUAAUCUUUAAUGCUGAUGUGCCCUAUUUUAAGAAAAAUAAUCUGGAUAAUCUAUGAUUUUAUAAUCUACAUGGGAUUUUGUAAUGACUACCAUGAGUACGUUCUGUAAAUAUCACAUUUUGUACCUACAGUAAAUGAGAUGGAAAACGGCUGUCUGUUUUAAUACAUUGCAGGGCACUGUUCCUGCGCCUGCUAGUCUGGUGCGGUAAUCCCUCCUUUAUUAUCUGCAUUGAGUGACCCUGAAUGGAGAUCAGUCCACAUGGGUACCAGCAUUUUCUUCAGUCCAGCUGCAUCACCAGCUUUGUGAACCUGUAGUCAUAUAAAGUGUAGAAUGUCCCCAUCUAGUGGCUACAGGGAGAAAAACAAGAUGCUGGUAAGUAACAAUAAUAGUAAUUCAUAGCAAUUUACAACAUUGUUAUGUUAAAUAUGGUUAAAGGAUCAUCUGUUGUAGUUGCUGUGUAAAGAUCAGAUCUGAUCUUUCUGCUGGUGCUUUGUUUAUAUGUAUUCACAUGUUGUA